UGUCCACACUUUCAAGUUGCUGCAAACUGAGAAAACUUCCUUUUGCAUCUUCUCCUUCUUCUUCUUCUUCUUCUCAUUACCAUUCAUCAUUGAGCUUUCAGCAUGAGCAUGUCCACAGCCCUCACUUUGGAACCACUCUUCGGCUUCAACACACAGACAUUGUUGCUCCCUCCACCUUCUUCUCUCUCUUCUUCCACCAUCAUCAAGAGUUCCUCUUGGUCUUGGUCGGUAUCCCACAAGCUCCACGCUCCGAAGUUUGAAGCUUUUGCCGCAAACACUGAUACCCUCGAGCCCCUUCAAUCCUCUGAUGUAUUAUUCAGCAAGAUUUUCCCCAUCAACAGAACUGAAUUGUUGGAGGGAAAGAUCUUUGUUAGAUUGGAUCAGGGGAAAGACUUGAGAAAUUGGGAGCUAACUGUGGGUUGCAAUCUACCCGGGAAAUGGGUUCUUCACUGGGGAGUUUCCCGCUUAGAUGAUGUUGGAAGUGAAUGGGAUCAGCCUCCUCGUGAUAUGAUACCCCCAGGAUCUGUUCCUAUAAAGGACUAUGCAAUUGAGACACAUUUGAAGAAAUCAACGUCAUCUUCUGAAGGAGAUGAUUUUCAUGAGGUCAAGAUUGAUCUUACAUCCAACAGUGAAAUCUCCGCAAUUAAUUUUGUUCUCAAGGAUGAGGAAACUGGUGCUUGGUUUCAACACAAAGGAAGAGAUUUCAAGGUUCCUCUAGUCAGCUACAUGAAGGAGGAUGCUAAUAUAAUUGGACCUAAAAAGGGCUUUAGUUUUUGGCCAGGGGCCUUGGGGCAGAUAUCUAACAUUCUUCUCAAGUCAGAGGCAAUGCAUAACAACGAUCAAAAUGACGGCAAGCAAUCCAGUGAGCCAAAACAAGGAAAUAGUCAACUAGAAGGCUUCUAUGUAGAGCUGCCAAUUACCAAAGAAGUUACUGUCAGCAACUCUAUCAGUGUCUCCGUUAAGAAAUGUGCUGAGACAGCUAACAAUCUUUUAUAUUUAGAAACAGAUAUACCUGGAGAGGUUCUCCUUCAUUGGGGAGUUUGCAAAGAUGAUAUGAGAAGGUGGGAAGUUCCACCUGCUCCUCAUCCAGCAGAAACAGUAGCAUUUAAGAACAGAGCUUUGAGAACUAAAUUACAGUCAAGGGACAGCGGGAAGGGGAAUUCAGCAGAAAUCUCUGUGGGAGAAGAAUUUUCGGGAUUUCUUUUUGUUGUUAAGCUAGACGACAAUAAUUGGUUGAAUGACAAGGGAAAUGACUUUUAUAUCCCUCUGUCAAGUUCUAGUAACUCACUUACUAGCAAAAGAAAGGAUCAAUCAGAAGCUGUCCAGAGGGAAGUGACAAAAGUGGAAAGUCAGAAGGAAUCUACCUCUACGUUUACCGAUGGAAUAAUCAGUGAAAUAAGGCAUUUAGUGACAGACAUUUCCUCUGAGAAGACUCGAAAAACAAAAUCCAAAGAAGCACAAGAAAGUAUUCUUCAAGAAAUCGAAAGACUUGCUGCCGAAGCUUAUAGUAUUUUUAGGACCAAUGUUCCAACUUUCUCAGAGGAAACCAUUGUGGAACCUGAGGCGGUGGCUGCUGUAGAAUCAGAGACAUUGGUGUCACCUGAGGCACCAAAAAUAUCCUCAGGGACAGGCACUGGUUAUGAAAUAUUAUGCCAAGGGUUUAACUGGGAAUCUCAUAAAUCUGGAAGAUGGUACAUGGAGCUGAAAGAGAAAGCUGCAGAACUAUCAUCAUUUGGUUUUACUGUAGUUUGGUUACCACCACCUACGGAGUCUGUGUCCCCUGAAGGAUACAUGCCAAAGGAUUUAUAUAAUUUAAAUUCUAGAUAUGGAAACAUUGAUGAACUGAAGGAUGUGGUGAAAAGCUUUCACAGAGCUGGAAUCAAAGUACUUGGAGAUGUCGUUUUGAAUCAUCGAUGUGCCCACUUUAAGAACCAGAAUGGUAUUUGGAACAUAUUUGGAGGUCGUCUCAACUGGGAUGAUCGAGCAAUUGUUGCUGAUGAUCCACAUUUUCAGGGUAGAGGCAACAAAAGUAGUGGAGAUAAUUUCCAUGCUGCUCCGAACAUUGAUCAUUCACAGGAAUUUGUGAGAAAGGAUAUUAAAGAAUGGUUACUUUGGUUGAGGAAAGAAAUUGGCUAUGAUGGGUGGAGGCUUGACUUUGUGAGAGGAUUUUGGGGAGGUUAUGUAAAGGAUUACCUCGAAGCAAGUGAACCUUACUUUGCUGUUGGAGAGUACUGGGAUUCCCUCAGUUAUACAUAUGGCGAGAUGGAUCAUAAUCAAGACGCGCAUAGGCAGCGGAUCAUUGACUGGAUCAAUGCUACCAAUGGUACUGCGGGGGCAUUCGAUGUUACGACCAAAGGGAUCCUUCACUCUGCAUUGGAUAAAUGUGAAUAUUGGCGAUUGUCAGAUCAGAAGGGAAAACCCCCUGGAGUUCUUGGAUGGUGGCCGUCUCGUGCUGUUACUUUUAUAGAAAAUCAUGAUACUGGCUCUACCCAGGGUCAUUGGAGAUUUCCAAGCGGAAAAGAGAUGCAAGGAUAUGCAUACAUCCUUACUCACCCAGGAACUCCAUCGGUGUUCUUUGAUCACAUAUUCUCUCAUUACAAGAGUGAAAUAUCCAUGCUUUUGUCUGUCCGGCAACGGAACAAGCUACACUGCCGGAGUAUAGUAAAAAUAUGUAAGGCAGAAAGGGAUGUUUAUGCUGCAAUCAUAGAUGAUAAAGUUGCUAUGAAGAUUGGACCUGGUCAUUUUGAGCCACCAAGUGGAUCCCAGAAAUGGUCCUCAGCUCUGGAAGGAAGAGAUUAUAAGAUUUGGGAGGCAUCAUAAUAUAGUUUGUGUCCGUAUCUUAUUAAUUAAAAUUAAAACCGAAUAUAUAUUCCAUUGGAAAAUUCUUCCAAUUGGUUAUGCCAUCUGCCUCAAUUAGGAGGCAUCAUUGUACCACUGUAUAGAUUCUUCAUAUACAGAACCAGCAUCAUAGAGAAGUUCAUUUAAGUCAAAUGCAGGCUUAUCCAGAACAAGAAAGAAAGCCU